UUCAACUGAAGUACAACUGAGUGUGCCAGUCAUGAUCCUUAUUACGAGUUCUGAGAAGGAGACUGAUUGAGGCAGACGGAAAGAGAAACCAACGGACAAGUCCGGGGGCUGAAGGGGAAAUGGCCUCUAGCGAGGGCUCACUUUUAUUUUUCAGUUGUCUGAUCACUGGGAUGUGGUCUCAACCUGCCUCCUUCAUCCACUUAACUCAGCUCUGGGACACGCUGAACCCACAUGCGACCUGCUCUGCAGUGGAAAGUCCCAGAGAGAUAUGCCCGCACCACUCCUCUGGGCCCCCAUCCCGGGCAUCACAGCGCGUCCGCUGCUUGCGAACACAUUCUUGGAACCACCACCUGGAUGAAGAAAUGGAACCUUACCGUGCUUCCUACCUCCUACUGACUCCCACUGAACGUCCCCCAAAGGAGUGUGCAGCUCUCGCUGCAGAGCUCCACACCUGCAGGGAGCAGCUCAUGCAGAGAGAGGAGGAGAUCGCCAACCUGAAGGCGGAGAGAAACAACACCAGGCCAAUGCUGGAACAUUUGUAGUUCCUCGUCUCCAGGCACGAGAGAUCUCUUCGGAAAACAGUGGUGAGGCGACAGGCGAAGACUCAAGCCGGCGAGUCCAUUGAGGCGGAGGUACUCAAGGUCCUGAACUCCAUAUUGGAGAAGGACAAAACGGAGGAUGAAACGAUGUGCCUAACCACGGCAGUUCUCGACUUGUGCACAUGCUGUGUGUUAUCAGGCAUACAUUGCGUGUUUGUGUCUGGAGUUUCCUUUUAAGCUCCUUGAAUUCUUGUAAGAAGACGGGUCUGUUUGGUGAAAAAGCUGUGGUUGCUGGAAAUGUUGUCUGUUUCGAUUGGAUAGUACAAAUUGCAUAAUGUAAUUUAAUUCAGGGAAUAUUUGUCUCCAAUGUAAAACUGAAAGUGGUUAAGAAGCAAGUUUGUCAACACGAGCAUCCGUGAAAAACCUUACCACCAUUCUAUCAUGUUAUUUGAGGCACAGGGGAUCUUAGGGUAACUGUAUAGUAAGGACUAAUGAAACACCUCUGCGUACAAACUCAAUCCCAUUGUUUCCAGGUGAGAGAGCAGUUACGUGUGGCACUGGAGGGGUGUAGUUUCGUAGAAGAAUUAGGGGCCAUACCCAGAGUUCAGCUGCAGACAUCAUCCCAGGAUUUGAUUGGAGGGGGUGUCCUUUUUAUCCAUUGUUGUUUUUUUUUUUAAUUUUUUUUUCAACGUUUAUUUAUUUUUGGGACAGAGAGAGA